UGCUCCACGGCUGAACUGAAAACAUUGGACAUUCCUUAUUGUGUGACGUCAGUUCAUGAAAUCUUAGUGAAAGGACGACUCAUUUCAGCUCCUUAGCGGCCCAGUCUCCCACAGGCGAUUCAUCGGUUCUGCACUCAGGUGUCUGUGUAACGAAUCUCUCGUUUCAAGUCCGCAGCUGCUUGGCUUGGACGCGAGGUCGGAGGCGCCAUGGGGUUCGUAUCGAGCGUGCUGAUGGGGGUGGUGAUCGGCGUGGUGCUCAUGUACGCGUGGAAGUACUUCAUGGGCAUCCGCCAGGCCAAGCGGAACGCCGUGAAGAGCGACCUGAUGGCGCUGCAGGGGAUCGGGCUGACCGAGCUCAAGGCCAUCUGCGGGCCGCUCUGCCCCACGUGGGUCAAGUUCAUCGAAUACGAUGAGGCGGAUUGGGUCACGCGGAUGCUGUCGGAGCUCUGGCCGCAUAUCAACAAGGCGACGAGCCGCGUGGUGUGGGAGACGGUGGAGCCGAUGCUGGAGGCGAACCGGCCGUCCAUGGUGUCGUCCAUGACGUUUCACAAGUUCGACCUCGGCAAGGACCGCGACAAGGCACCGCACAUCGAAGGCAUCAAGGUGCACAUGGCGGGCGCGGCGGAGGACCAGGUGAUCAUGGACAUGCUCAUCUACUGGCAGAGCGACGCCUCCAUUAUCCUCGACAUCAAGACUGCCGCCGCAGUCAAGCUGCAAGUGCAGGUGAAGAACCUGGUGUUCCAGGCGACGCUGCGACUCAUCUUCCAGCUGGGCGACCAGAUCCCCUGCAUCGACGCCGUCGUCGCCUCGCUGCUGCGCAAGCCGCGCCCCAAAGUGGAUUUCGUGCUCAAGGCCGUGGGGGGGUCGCUGUCCGCCAUCCCAGGGCUGGAGAAGCAGAUCGACAACACGGUGGCAUCGAUUCUGGACUCGUCCUACGUGUGGCCCGAGCGCACAGUCAUAAAGCUCAACGCCGCCUUUGAUGAGAAGCUGUUGGAGAUGCAGUACGGGGGCGAGCUGGUGGUGCAGGUGGUGAAGGCGGAGGGCGUCAAGAACGUGGACACGCUGGGCAAGUCUGACCCCUACGCCACCGUGUGGCUGAACCCCAAGCACAGGGCCAAGACGGGGGUCUGCAAGAACAACCUCAACCCGGUGUGGAACGAAACGUUUCUGCUGCCCGUGGACGACCCGCACACCGCCGAGCUCACCAUCAAGGUCGAGGACGACGAUGUGAUGGCGGACAUGGACCUGGGGUGGGCGCUCUUCCCCCUGGCGGACCUGCUGGAGCAGAGCGGGCCCUACCAGGUGACCCUGGACCUGCUGCCCAAGCUGCACGACGACUCCCUGCUGGGCCAGGACCACAAGCUGGGCCGCAUCACUGUGCUGCUGGCCUACCGCGAGUACUCAGAGGAGGAGCGGAGCAGCGUGACGGAGGCAGAGAAGGCGCGCAGCCCGCAGGAGAAGGACAGGAGCGUGCCGCAGGACCAGGCAUCUGCCGCCCUCGCAGCCGCGGCUGCUGACUCUGAGAGGCGCGUGCGCGAGGCCGCCGAGCGCGCCCUCGCCACCCCAAGGACCAUGCCCCGGGGCUUCUCAGGGGUGGGCGCCGCUAAGUCCAAGAGGACGAGCUCUGACUCGCCUGAUGACGCACUCCCUGUGUCCGUCGCUCCUGGCGCCCCAGCCGCCGCUGCCGCUGCUGCUGCUGCUGACGGUGCUGCUGCUGCUGCUGCUGCUGCUGCGGCUGAUGCUGCUUCUGCUGAUGCUGUUCCGGCUGAUGCGGCGGCCUCCACUGCUGUUUCUGCAGCAGCAGCAGCACCUUCAGCAGCGGCAGUCACUCCUCGCGGUGCUCCCAGCCUGGCGCGGUCCAUAGGGGACUUGAAGCAGAAGGCGAGGGAGGGGUCUCUGCACGUGUCUUCAGACGAAGCAGCAGCAGGGGAAGCAGCAGGAGCAGCAGCAGCAGUGGAAGGGGAUGCUCCCCUCUCCCCUGUGCUGUCCCCUGGUGCGGACGGCAAGGGCAAGAAGAAGAGUGGGGCGAGGGGGUUUAUGAGCAAGGUGGGGCAGAUUGGCAGGAACGUCAAGUCAGGCAUCGAGGGAAGCCUGUCGCCCAAGGAGUAGAGGUCUUUUGGGAUUGUUUAGUUUCUGAUGCUAUCACUGGAAGGAAGUUUGGGAUGGGCCUCAUAGUUCAGGAAGUUAGGGGUGGGCACCAGGUGGGGCAGAUCGGCAGGAAUGUGUCGGGCAUUGAGGGAAGCCUAUCCUCCAAGGAGCAGCUUUCUUGGGGGGUUGUUGAAUUUCAGAUGGUACAGUAGAAAAAUCGAGGAAUGCAAGCGUUCAGGUGGGGCAAAUCUGGCGAGAAGUCAGCCGUUGAGGGCCCCAAAGUGCUGUCAUCUUGGGGGGGUGUUGUUCCUUCGAUGCAACGGGGCAGCAGAUCCCGAACUAAUAGGAAUCUCGGGUGAAUGUGAACCUAAUGUAUGGCAAUGCUGGGAUAGGAGGUGUUUUAUGUGGCACUUGGGCUAGAAAAGCACACCCUGGGUGCUCUUAAAAACUCUGUUUUUUGGGGGUCAGAAGAAGAAACUGUUAAAAUUAUUGAAGUUAUAAUUUAUAGGCUUGG